AUGGCGAAAAACGGCAGCAUCACCAGCUUCUUCAAGCCGGUAUCACAAUCAACGCAAAGCUCGCAGACGGGGCGUGCAAGAGCAGCGCCUUCGCCAACUCCACCCCCGCCCUCGCUCCCGCCUUUGCCAUCAUCAUCACCUCUGCCGCCUGCCCUCUUCCUCUCAUCAUCCCCGCCAGCACCCACAUCAACUGUCAGGGACCGUAACGCCGUGAUCAAAGGCUCGGACGAUGAGGAUGGCGAUGACUUCAGCUCGGACGAUGAGUUCCCUGAUUUGUUCUUGAAACCUGCAGACAGCACCCUCCCAGUUCAGCCUGCCAGGGAAAAGACCAAUAUCUACGCCACGCCCAAGGCGAAGCGCAGGGUGCUCGAAUUCCACUCUUCGCCGCUGACCAACAAUGCCAAGCACAAAUAUGACAUGAAAGCUCUUCUCCUGGAUGCCGCCGCAGACAACGCCAUCGAGGCGAGUGAGCAGCGGACGGCCGCCUUGCUGGCCCAGGGGUCUCCGACGACGCGCGGUGGGGGAGUGGCCAGCGGUGCCCAAGCCAGCCUUGACGACACAUUGCUAAGCAUUCUGUCUGAUGCUGAAGGCAGCCAGGAUGAAGGGAACCGAGAGAAGUUGCUGCGCGCGGUAAAACGAACCGAGGCAACCGUCGGACGGAAGGAGUGGUACUUCUUUGACGGGCAGGACGGUCUCCCCAGCAAUACUGGGAUCGAAGUCCGGCUAGCCUUUCCCAAGGCCCAAGCUACUGGGGCUUGGGCCUUCCUUGCCGACGAGAGGCACAGAGCUGAGGCCUUCGAGGAUGGAUUGCCCUACCAUGUGCAAUGCAGGAUGCAGGACUUGCCCGAUGAGAUAUUCCAAUGGAUCGUGGAUGAGGCGCCCCGUGAAAAGUCUAAGCAUCUCCGAGACGAAUAUGUGCGGCUUCUUAGCGUCUGUCCUGAUCAGAUUGGACGACUCAUGGACCAAGAUCUGGUCGUAAAGCUGUUUCGAAAUCUUGGAGCCUCCGAGCAAGCGGUUGCGACGGGAUCCCACCCGAGUUCAGAAAGAGGCGCCCCGUAUUCAGAGCAGGGUCGCACUCGUCUGGAAAUUGUUCUCCGCAUCCUAACCGAGACAGCGCAUGCUCUAAAGAUCGGACCGCUCACACGGACCAUGGCCAUCCUUCUCCGUCUCGGCAUCGACAACGUUGUACGCGAUGAUCAAGCGAUUGCUGCAGAGUUCCAAAAUGCUCUUCUGCAAGUUGCCCUGGCGGUGCCAUGGAGAUCAUGGAACAAUUUUUGCGGCCACGCUGGAGAUUCGGUUUACUCCCUCGCUCAAGAUGCCACCCUCCGCUGGAAGGCAGUCUCCUCCAUCCCACUGCUUCAUCCAAAGUUGGUUGACUUGCGCCGGAGAUUGGCGCUCAUCUUCGUCUUCGACGACGUUCGCCGUGGGUUCUCGCCGCCACAAGACACCUUCAGCAUUCGCUCCGUCAUCGACCGUCUUGACCAGGCGGAUGAGUUUAUCGUCGACCGCAGCAAUACGGACUAUUUUGAACUGCUGGCCCUCGGAGAGAUGCUGAGCGUCGCUGUUGGUGACGGAUCACCGCCCGCUGAUGAUACCAGCUCGGAGGCCACCAAGCAUUACAACGCUGAGGUCGACGAGCUGGCGCAUCGGGUCAAGUUCAUGUGGUCCAACAUCCAUGAGCAGGGCGCUGCCUACAUGUCCAGACUAGAAGCUCGCGUUCAACUCAGAGAUUUCGAGCGCAAGCUGCAGCAUGUCGUGCGGACGAGGCCGCCUCCAAAGGAGGACAUAUUUGGACUCAAUGCUGUUGAGGAAGAAGCGGAGAGGCCGAAGCAGCAGCAGUUUAUGCAGAGGUUUCUGUCCAAACCGGAACCGCCUUAUCCGAAGACGCCUUAG